GAUUGGGUGGUUACCCCGCCAACGGUCACCCUAAACGAAAAUAAAUUUGUUUUUGCCAACAACAAAUUGUGUUGUUAAAUGGCAGAGCAAACAGACGACUACGCUUCGUCGCCUCGCAGCUCCGUAAUCCUCGCUCAUCUGGCAGCCAGCCACCGCGGCAGUUAAUACCCGUCGGAUAGCAGAUCUCAGUGGGUUCUAGGCUCGACUCGGCUCGGACACACGGUACUCAGUUACGUGAACAGUACGGCUGAUUUUGGGAUCCGGAUUGUGCGUGGCGAUGCAAGGAUGAACGUACGCAAGCGGCCACGUCUGGAGCUGGAGCUAGCCACAUCGGCGGUAGCUCCCGGAGCACUGAUCACCAGCCACAAUCCAUCCGAUCUGAUGGCCGGACCAUUUGCCAACGGCCAAAGCCUGAUCCUGACCAGUACGUCGGGAAAUCCGCUGAUCAGCAGUAGCAGUGGUGGUGGUGCCCAAAUAUUCCUCACUAUUUGCGGUGAGGAGAACUCCUUGGAUGACGACGAGUCCCAGGAGUAUUAUGCCAUUAAACAGGAGCCGGGCUCUGAACUGGAUGUCCAGGCUCUGCUGCCCACCAACCUGCAGCUGCCAACCGGCUGUGAGAUAUAUCUGGUAAAGGACACCAGCCUCGGGUGUACCCAGACCAAGUCUACCAUUAAAAUUGAACCGGAGGUGCUGAGUGAGAAGCUCCAUGUCGCCACCACGACAGCCACCAGCACCACCACCACAAUUCCUUCCUGUAAAUCUUCCGUUCCUGCAGUGCCUGCGGUGGCGUCUGCACCCCAUACAGCAGCAGCAGCACCUCCAGCCCCUGCAGUGGUGCUAUAUCAGCGAUCUCCAGUAGAUGCGGUUGCUGCAGCCGUUCCUGCCUGCUCUAGUAGCUCUACUGGCACGCCCACCAGCAAGCUGGAGGCGUAUAAGAAGCGAGACGAUAAGCGCCGUGCGACGCACAACGAAGUGGAGCGUCGCCGUCGCGACAAGAUCAACUGUUGGAUCUUCAAGCUCAAGGAGAUGCUGCCCAGCCUGAGCUCCAGCUCCAGCGAGGCCAGCACAAGUCCCAGCAGCAGCAGCAAAAGCAAUCCCAGUCCCAGUGGACGGACGCCGCCCAACGACUCCAAGUCCCAGAUCCUGAUCAAGGCCUGUGACUACAUCAAGAGCAUGCAGGGCGAGAUUGAUACAUUGCGCGACUGUCUGCGGGAGGCGGACAGCCUGAGGGCUAGCAACCAGGCCUUGAAAGAGGAGCUGGACCGUCUGAAACGUCAGCAGCAGCUGCAGGAUCGCUUCCACACGGCUGCCACCGGACGAUCGACCUUCAACGUGACCCUCAAUUCGUUAAACACCUCCGCCACCAGUGAUCUGUUCGAUGGCAUCGAUACGACGCCCAAUCUGGCUGCUGUUUCCUCGCUGGGAUUCGGCAAACGUGGCCUGCUCAUCGGCGACUAUGAUGAGUAAGAGUAUAAGGAGCAUCAGUGGUUGAAGGCGGAUCGGAGCAGGCAAGGCGGCGGGCGGAUCGGAGCGAGAAGCGCUGGCGCCUCGAAAUCUAGAGAAUAAUACGCCCAUCCACCAAAGAAUGACGUGCAACGUACACGCAACGCAACACAUGCAGUACAAUAAACGGACAUGACGAGUGAUUUCUUGUUAUCGCCGAUGUUAUAUACAUAUUAUAGUUACAAAAAAAAAAAGAAGAAAACCAAAAGAACCGAAAAAAAAACAUGUACGCUCCGUACAUGGGGUCGAACUUGGGUGACUCAAGCCGAGUUGCGUUGAAAGCUGUUCUUAAUUGAAUUUAAUUAGAUGGCUUAAAAAAAAAAUGCAGCUGCUUGUAGCAUCCGAUAUCGCACCCAAACAAAAUCAUUUACUUUUUUUUUUUUAGCCAUUAAAUUAUCAUAGGUUUUGGCCAUUUUUAUUCACGAAUGAAUUUAUUUUAAGAAAAUCAAGAGCAUGUUAGAGAUGUAAGGAUUCAUUUAUAAUUAGCAUUAAAAAACCAGUUAAAUCAUUUGCAA